AUGGACUGGUUUCAGGGCGGGUCUGUAUUCGAGUCUGGGGUCGAAUUCAUCGCAAGGAAUCCCACUGUCGAGCCGUACAGUGCAACUAGGUUGAUUAAAAGUGAAGAUACGUCUGCUAAAACACCCAAUGGUGGUUGGAGGAGGACGUCCUGGCAAGACUUUGAAGAAUUCACGCGCCUCGUCUGCGGCGAUGACGAACGUUCCAUCCACAUCCAUAACAGCAUGCCCGGGCCGUUCCGCCGGCGGCAAUUCAAAUGCACCGUUGCAAGGUGCAGCAGUCGCUUUCGAUAUCCUAACGGCCUACAGCGUCAUCUGUCCAGCCACCAGGCUGAAAGGUCAUAUGUCUGCUGGGUUCCGGAGUGCCAGCGCCGCUUCACGCGUGGCGACAACUUCAACGCCCAUUAUGCAACGCAUGGUAGACCGGGAGGCCGCAAUCGCUACGUGGCUACUCUGGAUCAGAGUAGCUCGGCCUACAAUCCUAGUUUCCGUGGACUGCUGACGUCCGAUGGGUGGCCAGUCACGGAGGGAAACGCAGACUCGUCCGAUCCGUAA